AUGUCGCGAUCCCUCCCAGACGAAUGGGACGAUGAACUUCAAGAUGACGACGAGCUUCAAGAGGUUUCCAGGCGGGAAAGCAUCUCUCGCCAUACCAACGACAGUGAUGAUGCCUUUACCUUUGUGACUAUGGAUUCCGAAUUUGAAGAGCAGACUAUCGAAUCAUCGUUGCCAGAAGAGAGCAGUCCAACGAAGCCCUUCCACAAACGACCCACUAUGGCACGGCAACUGAGUCGCAUCGAAGAUGGAGAAUCGAUAGAGUCGCCAGAUUCUUCCUAUGCUUCUUCUUCCUCCUCGUCGUCUUUGGAGCCUCCUCCGGGACACACAGAAACCUCUGCCGAUGGAUUUCGGCAACGUUUGAAUGAUGCAAUGAGUAGUCAGGAGGACGAUGGUGAAACUAGUGAUGACAGCAGCAACAGGAGCCACAGUAGCAGCAGUUCAUCAUCCUCUUCUUCAUCAUCAUCAUCUUCUUCUUCGGCAAGUCAGGCAACUGAUGGUGAAGAAGAAUCACGGCAUGAUGAGAAUGCUGCAAGUAGUAAAUCUUCCUCCAGCAUUGAAGCACCACCCGGUAUCAAUGGUAGUCAAAAGUCCCAUGACAGUGACUCACAUUCGCUCGAGCAGGACUCCUUUGAUGAUGCUUCGUAUUAUGUGCCCUUGAAACCCUCGAAACCAAGGUCGAGCAUUCUGAAAAAUGCAAAUGAUGCCAACUAUGAAAAACCUCCUGGGGAGGGUUCCAUGACCUUUGGUGACGAUUUUCAACAAGCCAUGGCCCCAGCGGAUCAAGAAAUUAUGAUGGCGAGCAUGCGAUCACUAGUGCAAGAAAAAUUGACCGAAGGGAGGGUUUUUGAGAAGGACAGUGACAUGCACAAGUCGGUGAAUUAUGUCAUGCAAAUGACCACCAAGGGCAUUCGGGAUUUCCUAGAGAAACCCUUGCCUUCUACUACGGACGAUGAACAAUCCGUUGACACCAACUUUUUCAGUGCCGACGAUACGGAAUUGUUUGAAGUGGUAACACUGGGGGAAUCAGUGUCGACCCGAAGUGACAGACACAACAAUGAAUAUUCGGAACGGAGUGCCCAUACCUACUCGGAACGAAGUAUGCUCAGCAUGCCCGAAAUUGCGGAAGAACCGGAAACGAAAAGCAUCGAUGCCUCCUUGGACGAUGACAUUAAAACGGACACGGAUUCCAAAGCCCAAAGCGCAUCUUUGGCGACGGGAACGGAUACGGACUCCAAGAUGUAUAGUGCAUCCGUAUCCAUUGCAACCUUUGAUGACCUCAAGACCGAAACAAGUUCGGUAGAUUAUGAUGCCAAAACGGGACAAAGCGCAUCUGUUUCCAUUGGAACCUUUGAUGAUCUCGGGACGGAAACGACGUAUAUUGAACCUCUAAAGGAUGAGACUGCUGCUACUAUUCCAAAACUCGUGGCGCAGCAGGACAAUAGUGUUUCGACCCGAUUGAGUGUGGCUUCCACCUCUGUCUCCGAUAAUUCGAAUAGAGACAAGAUUGCUUCGCCGGCCAAGGAAGAAGAACCGGCUGCCAAUACCACCGCCAAAGCUUUUUGGAAGAAACCGCCUUUGCCAACCUUUAAUAGCGAGGUGGCCAAGAUUGCCAAAUUGAAGCCAGUCAAUGAACAUCCAACAGUUGCGUCCAAGAAUGUUGAAACUGCUGCAACUGCCGCCAAGGCAUCAAGUGUUGGAAAUGAUAAAACGAGCAAUGUACCGACAUUCUUGAAGAAGCCACCAAUUCGAACCUUUGCGGCUGAGGCUGUCAACAGUUCUCUCCGCAAAAGUAUUGCAGCCAAAGCUACUACUACCCCGACAAAGCUGCCAGUGUCCAAGGACAUGCCAUCAAUGAUGCCCGCCACUGAUGACGAUGAUUCUUCGUCAAGUUCGAGCGAUGACUCGUCAGCGUCGGAAGCACCGUCGUGGAUGAAAUCAAUGAAGGCGGCAGCCAAGACACCGCCCAAAGUCCCGUCCAAGCAAGUGGAAUCGACGCCUUCCACGGCAGGAGCAAGCAAGACGACACCAGUACCGCCCAAGAGCAAACCAUCACUGGCAGCAACCGCCAAUGUCUUUGCCAAAUUGGCAGCCCUUGACAAGGGAUUCAAAGCAGCAAAACCAACGCCAACGCCAGCACCAGUACCAGUCCAAGCUUCUGCUCCUAGAGUGAUAGCAAGCACACCACAACCCAAGCUAAAUUCGAAAUUUGGGUCACUGCUACCUCCUCCAGAUGAUUCCUCCUCCAGCGACGACGACUCGGACGACGAUUCUUCAAACGGUGGCAAUGGUGGAUUGGAUUGGAUGAAUAAGUUCAGUGCUAAAAAGUUGGAUGUGGAGACAAAGUCAGACCCAAAGAAGGCAGUAGAUGAAAAGUCAGAAACUGCUAAGGAAGGGGAAAAGAAGGAAACCAAACCCAAAGUCUCUAACAAAGUGGCAGCUCUGGCGCAAUCCCUAAAAAAGGAAUCGACCAAACCAGCCCCCAGCAUCAAUGCACCAAAAAAGUCGGAUACUGCCACAUUCAAGAGUAUCAAGGAGCGAGCCAAAGAGGUCAAUCCAGGAUUGGAGCUUAAGUCGGAAAAGAAGGAAGCCGAAAAGAAAGUGGCAGAAAAGGAGGUAGAAAAGGAAGCAGAGCCUUCUAAGAUUGUGGAAGUCAAUGAACAGGCGAGCAUCGACAAUAGUGCCAUGAAAAUCGAUCAUUCGAUCUUUGGACGCAAGGUCAAGACCAAGAAACCGGGAGACUCCACGUUGAUGAGUUGGCGCAUGCUUCAGAAUCAAAAGGAACAGGUCCAAGAACGGAUCAAGAGGGCCAAAGAGCGCAAAGAUAACGAUGAAGAUUCCUUGGAAGAAGUGUUUGAGAGACGGGAUUCAGAAGCAUCCAUGAGCGACUCCGCCGUCGCGGCCCUAUUUUUUGGAGCUGGAGGAGAUGCCCCGGGCUCGCCCCGUCCAACACUGGGAAAGCGGCAAUCCUCAAGAUCCAGUUUGAAUAACUCGGCAGCUGCGCUCUUUGGUUUCGCAGCAGGUUCUCCUAGUCCGCGGAGAUCUAUCCGACAAAGCAUUUCCAUGGGAGAUAAUUCAGCUGCAGCAUUGUUUGGAAUGGGAGGGGGGGCAAUGUCACCCAGUCCACGCCAGUCGACUCGAAAAAGUGCUUCCAUGAACAACUCGGCAGCUGGCCUAUUUGGCUUAUCUAGUCCAAGGAGGGGGAAACGACCAUCCACAACUGUGAACAGCUCUGCCGCUCGAGAAUCCUUAGGCAUGAACAACUCGUCAGCUGCAUUGUUUGGUGCGGGAGCAGCCGCGUCUCCUACUCCAGAAAAGACGUCAAUGGAUAGCAGCCACAUGGAAAAGUCGGCGGCGGCUCUAAUCAACACGCCAGCCAAAGAUGCAGCUUCGGAUAGCUCUUCCUCUGACGAUAGCACUGCGAAUGAAAAAGCCAAACCGGUGGAGCAAGCUUCGGCUACAUUCCUACCAGACAACGAUAGCGAUGACAGCUCUGCCGCAUCAGAUGACAGCAGUACACUUCCAGACAUCGCAGCAAUACAAGCUAUGGAUGAUGAUCAUUCUGAAACAUUAGACGACAACAUUGGUGUGCCGGAAACGCCACAAAGUCAAGACAGCGAUGAUGACAGUUCGGCAUCACCGGUGCCCAUCGUUGAAAUGCCAGAACCCCCACAGCCAGAAAUGACCGAACCAGAAAGUUUGGAAGACGACCCACCGGAAGUUGCAAUGCCACCAAAUGCAGAGCCUGAAGCGGAAACGACACAAGGUUCGGACGAUGAUAGUGAUUCCGAUUCCGAUUCGUCUGAUAGCGACAGUGAUUCUGACUCCUCCAAUGCCGAGGUAAAUACCGAGGAGAACGAAGUGGAAUUUCCAACCACAGAAGUUCCACCGCCUGAUGAUGAUGAUGUUCCUUAUCCAACCACGGAAGUUCCGCCGCCGGAUGAUGACGAUGUUCCUUUUCCGACCACGGAUAUUCCGCCGCCUGAUGACGAGGUUCCCUAUUAUUCACCCGCUCAAGCAGAAGCGCCUGCCAGCGAGGACCUUCUCAUUUCAUCGGACCAGGACAACGACGAUAGUUCAUCCUCCUCCUCCGAUAGCAGCAGUAGCUCUUCCAGUAGCUCCUCAAGUGGCUCCUCAAGUGGCUCCUCGAGCAAUUCUUCCAGUAGUGGAAGUUCCUCUAGCGAUUCUUCCAGCUCCUCGUCAUCAUCAGCGUCAGAAAACUUUGAGGCAGUGACAUUCAGUCCGAAGUUGACGAAACAAAUUUCGAUGAGGCAAAUGUCAUCAUCGUCACUGUCAUUUAGCUUCGACGAUCUCGAUAAGUCUCCAAUCAAGGAGGAACUGGAGGGAUCGGUACAGUCUUCCUCAGGUGAAGAUGGCCAGAACACAACUAAUUCGAGAAGUGAAACGAAUGGUGGUACUGAUACGAAAAAGAAAAAAGGGAAGAAAGGCAAGUCAGGUGGGAGCAGGAAAGCCAUCGAAACGAAAGGAGACGAGGCAAAGGGAGAUGGCAAGAAAAAGGGAAAGGGAAAGAAAAGAGCAUCAAAAGCCUCCGCAAGCUCAAGCAAAGUCGACUCGACAAGAAGUGGCUUGGGACCAGAGGACGAGACAGUGAUUGAUAUUGGCGUGGAUGGCAAAAUUGAGGACGAAAACGAUCCUUUUGCCAGUUCAUGGAAAAGCCAUGGCGCCAAAAGUGAGGACGAGAAAGAUCCUUUUGCUAGUUCGUGGAAAAGCCUUGGUGCCAAAAGUGAGGACGAGAAAGAUCCUUUUGCGAGUUCGUGGAAAAGUCAUGGUGCUUCCAACGACACCAAUAUUUUUGACACAGGGUCGGCAAGUGGAAGUAAAUCAUCUGAAUCAGAUGAAGAACAAAGCGUUGUGCAAAAGCCGACCAAGGAGGCGGAUUCGAAAGAGAUUAAAAGCAAGUCGAAAGGAGGCCUAUUCAAGAGAAUUGCCGCUUUGUUUUCAAGAAAGAAAAAAGACAAACCGAACAAGACGGAGAGCGAAAAUCAAUCUCGAAUGGAGUCCAGUAAAAAGAAGACUGAUCAAGCAAAGUUGGAUAAAGACAGUAAGCAACAAGGAAAGAGCAAGAAGAAAAGCAGCAACAAAACGAAAGCGGAUUCUUUGAGAAAAAAGAAACGAGCUAUAGAGUCAAGGCACGCUUCAAAAUCCAAAAGCGCCAAGACUAGACGUUCGAGAAAGUCUGGUUCUGGUAGAGUUAGCAGUGAUCGAAUCAAGAAGUUGAAGGAGACAAAGCGCAAACUAGAGUCCCACGGCUCUUCAGGGAAGCGGGACAGGCGUACCUCUUCAAAUCGACGUCCUCGUUCCCGUUCCAGGGAUAAGUAUCGUUCACACGAAACGAUGAAUGCUCAUUACAGGAGUGGCGGGACCAGCGGCAAAGUCAUGGAAAUGCUUGAAACUCCACCUUCGUAUACAAUGUUUCAACCUCACAGUCAACCGUACGACAUGACAAAGAUGUAUGACAUUUCCGAAAUGAUCAGGGCACCAACCGACACUCAUUUGGUUUCAGCUCAGCAUCGGAAAACUUUGACCCAAGUGGAACUUAUAUCUCCCCCGACAAUGAAAAGACCGGUUAGAAUUGAAAAGGUUAGACACUCCACUCUUGCCUUGGAGGGUGUCAUUGCUUAG